UGGCGAGCUUAGCAGAUGUCGGGUGGAAGCUCUUGGAAUUUAAAGCCCGAUCAAAGCGAUCAGAUUUGUGAUUUAGCUGAGAGACGCUUGGCCUUAAAUUCACCUUUUGAGAAUGGCCGGUUCGGCUGCGAUUACCAAGCUCCACCGGACAGUUUACAGACUCGGCUCCAUCUAUGAACCUCUGAAGCUGUCAAAUCUCCAGCGGGAAGAUGAACCCCUCUGGGAGAAGCUGGACCGCUACUACAGUGCAGUCAAGACAACUAUUUUGAACUACCAGAGUCCCACCACUGGUCUGUUCCCAGUAAAAACAUGCUCUACCUGCAAAGAGGCAAAGGUCCGGGACUCUCUGUACUGUGCUGCCAGUGCCUGGGCCUUGGCAAUGGCAUAUCGACGCAUUGAUGAUGACAUGGGACGAACUCACGAGUUGGAGCAUUCUGCCAUCAAGUGCAUGAGAGGAAUUCUCUACUGUUACAUGAGACAGGCCGAUAAGGUGGAGGAGUUUAAACAGGAUCCUAGCCCCUCAAAGUGUCUGCACUCUGUAUUCCAUGUGGACACCGGAGAUGAGGUUUACUUGCACGGCGACUACCACCACCUGCAGAUCGAUGCCGUUUCUUUAUUCCUGCUGUACUUGGUGGAGAUGAUCUGCUCUGGUCUGCAGAUCAUUUUCAACACCGACGAGGUUUCCUUCAUCCAGAACCUGGUUUUCUGUGUGGAAAGAGCAUAUAGGGUACCUGACUUUGGCAUGUGGGAGAGAGGCAGCAAGUACAAUAAUGGCAGCACUGAACUGCAUUCCAGCUCUGUGGGCCUUGCUAAAGCUGCUCUGGAGGCCAUCAAUGGAUUCAACCUGUUUGGAAAUCAGGGCUGCUCAUGGUCUGUGAUAUUUGUGGAUCUGGAUGCUCACAACAGGAACAGGCAAACCCUUUGCUCUCUACUACCCAGAGAGUCUCGCUCCCAUAACACAGAUGCAGCUUUACUUCCAACCAUCAGCUAUCCUGCGUUUGCUGUUGAUGAUGAUGCUCUUUACACUCAGACACUUGACAAGAUUGUCCGCAAGCUCCGUGGCAAAUAUGGCUUCAAACGUUUCCUCCGUGACGGCUACCGCACCGCAAACGAAGACAAGAAUCGCCGCUACUACAAACCUGCUGAAAUGAAGCUUUUUGAUGGGAUCGAGUGCGAGUUUCCCAUAUUUUUCAUCUACAUGAUGAUUGACGGGGUCUUCAGAGGAAAUAAGGCCCAGGUCAAAGAAUACCAGGAACUCCUUGAACCCAUCAUCUUUCAGUCUUAUGAGGGCCACGCUAUAAUCCCCAAGUACUACUAUGUACCGGCUGACUUUGUGGAGGCGGAGCAGAACAAGCAUGGGAGCCAGAAGCGUUUCCCUAGCAACUCUGGCCGUGAUGGGAAAGUCUUCCUGUGGGGUCAGGCCCUGUACAACAUUGCCAAGCUACUGGUGGAUGAGCUGAUCAGUCCCAAAGAUAUUGAUCCAAUUCAUCGCUAUGUGCCACGACAGGACCAGCGCAAUGUCAGUAUGCGGUACUCCAACCAGGUAAGCUCUGAUGUAACUCUAUCUGACGAUCAUCUGUCAUCUACAGGCGUUUAUUAUCAGUACAACAUCGGAUUCAAGUGCUGA